GGGGGUGGGCGUGACUAUAUUUAAGAAGGGAUGAUACUAAAAGAAACGGCGAUUUCUUUCUUCGUAGCCUUUUUGACUCUUCUUCUUCUUCUUCUUCUUCUUCUUCUUCUUCUUCUUCUUUUUUCUCUAAUUCCUUAUUCCAAUAUACUCUCUCUUUCUCAAACUCUUAUCAUCUUCACCGAGUAAAACAAACAAACUAAAGACGAGAUGAAAAGCCGAGAGAGAAAAGUUAAGUACACGGUUCACCGGAAAAUCACUUCCUUACCGUUCAACGGUUUCCCAAAAACUGUGAAAAUCAUAGUCACUGAUCCAUGUGCUACUGAUUCUUCCAGCGACGACGAAGAAUACGACAACAAAUCUCUACCUCCAAGAGUCAAACGUUUCGUGGAAGAGAUCAGGUUCUGUAACGACGACGGAGGAGGAGGAGAUAAACUGGAGAGGAAGGUGAAGAGCAAGUCGGAGACGGCGGAAAACGGUUGUGAUUUGGUAGUGAAGCCCACCGUGGUGAAGUACAGAGGAGUAAGACAACGACCUUGGGGGAAAUACGCGGCGGAGAUUCGUGAUCCUUCGAGACGUACUCGUCUCUGGCUUGGGACUUUUGCCACGGCGGAGGAAGCUGCUAUAGGUUACGACAGAGCAGCGAUUCGACUCAAAGGACAUAACGCUCAGACUAAUUUCCUCACUCCUCCUCCUCCUCCUCCACCUCCUCCGGUGAUUGAUUUUGAAACGGUCUCUGGUUGUGAUUCGGCGAGGGAAUCACAGAUCAGUAGUAGUCUAUGUUCUCCGACUUCUGUUCUCCGGUUUGGUCACAACGAAGAAACAGAGUUUAGAACAGAACCGUUGAAGCAGGAAGAAGAAGCUUUAUCGUCGGAUCCGUUUUUCUUGCCUGAUUUGUUUCGCUCCGGAGACUGUUUCUGGGAUUCCAAAUUUACCCCUGAUCCUUUGUUUCUUCUAGACGAAACAACCCAUAACAACACAGUGUCUGAGAGUUUUCCGUUAGGUGUGAUCGGAGAUUUCAGCUCUUGGGACGUUGAUGAGUUUUUUCAAGAUCAUUUGUUCGAUAACUAAGUUGAGUUCGUUCUUGAAAAUUUUCUGGGUUUUUUUUUGUGAGUGAUGGUGGUGGAUGGGUGAGUGGUUUGAUGAUACCGACGGGGAUGUAUCUUAGCGGUCCGUUUUCCCCUUUCGUGGACGGUUAAGAUCAACGGAAGAAGUGCAUCGGAAUAUUUUUUAUUUUUCCUAUUUCUUUUAUGUAAUUUUGCGAGUAUAUAUAUAAAUAGUACUAGUAGUAAUUAAUUAGAGUGAGAGUUAAGAAGAUUUGUGAGAGUAAUUAUUUGUUUAUUAUUAUUAGGGGGUUUUGAAUAUUUGGGAGGAUUUUGUUGUUUGGUUUUUUCUCUCAAGCAAGAGUCUGUCACUAUGCAAGGAAGCAAGCAGUAUAUAUAUAAGAUCGUAUAUUUAUUAAUUUUUA